AACUUAGGAAUUACAUGAACACCCAUUCGUUGCUUGAUUACGUUUUACUUGUUAAGAAAAAUGGAGGUCGUCGGAGGAGAAGUUGAUUAUACUUUUGUUAUUCAGAAAUCUUUGGUACUCUUGUUAUGCGUUGUUCUGUCAUGGAAAAUGAUAGUAUACAUGUGCAAUUUAUUAAAGAUUGAGAAAGAACCUAUAAGGGUUCUGGUCACUGGUGCAGCAGGGAACAUAGGAUAUGCAAUAGCUCCAAUGAUUGCACGAGGUAUGAUGCUAGGUCAAGACCAACCCAUGAUUCUGCAUUUACUUGAUAUAGAACCAGCUUCAAAAUCACUAGAAGCUGUGAAGAUGGAGCUUCAAGAUUCAGCCUUCCCUCUCCUCCACGGCGUCUUCGCGACAACAAAUAUUGACGAAGCAUGUAAAGGUGUGAAUAUCGCAAUAAUGAUCGGCGGAUUCGCAAGAAAAGAAGGCAUGGAAAGAAGAGAUGUGAUGUCAAAAAAUGCGGUGAUAUUUAAAGCUCAAGCUUCAGCUCUAGAGCGAUAUGCAUCAGAUGAUUGCAAGGUUCUCGUUGUAGCAAACCCAGCGAACACAAAUGCCCUGAUUUUAAAAGAGUUUGCACCGUCGAUCCCGGAAGAAAACAUCACUUGCCUGACACGUCUCGAUCAUAACCGAGCUCAAGCUCGCCUCGCAGAGAAGCUAAGUGUUCCCGUCAGCAGCGUGAAGAACGUGAUCGUCUGGGGAAACCACUCUUCAACUCAGUAUCCAGACAGCAAUCAUGCAACGGUCUCUACAAAGACCGGAGAUCAACCGGUGAACGAACUACUUGUCGCUGAUCAGAAAUGGCUGAAGAACGAGUUUAUUACAGAAGUUCAGCAACGUGGUGCAGAGAUUCUAAGGGCACGGAGACAGUCGAGUGCUUUAUCAGCUGCUAGCGCAGCUUGUGACCAUAUUCAUGAUUGGUUUCUUGGAACACCUAAAGGGAAUUGGGUUUCUAUGGGUGUUUGUUCUGAUGGCUCUUACGGUAUACCACCUGGUUUGGUUUACUCGUUUCCGGUUAUCUGCGAGAAAGGGAGUUGGAAGAUCGUACAAGGACUAAAUAUUGACGAGUUCUCCAGAGAGAAAAUGGAUGACUCUGCAAGAGAGCUAGCUGAAGAGAAGGCUUUAGCUUAUUCAUGUCUGAAUGUAUAGACGAAAACUGUUAAAAUAUUACAGUCGUGACACAAAAAAAUGUAGCAACAAAUAAGUUUGUGGUUCUUAAUCUCUUGUAAAAAUGUACGAGAACUUGAAUAAUAAACGCCG